AUGUCAAGAAGAUACGAACCAAACAUUAUAAUAACAGGUACACCAGGAUGUGGAAAAUCAUCUCAUUCACAAUCAUUAGUAGAUCAAUUAAAUCAUGAUUUAAAAGAUUUAACCACUCAAUUUAAACAUUUUAAUAUAAGUGAAUUAGCAAAAGAAAGAGAUUUAAUAGAAUCAUAUGAUAAAAAAUUAGAUACUAGUAUUAUAGAUGAAGAUAAAUUAUUAGAUUCUUUAGAAGAAGAUUUAUGUAAAGGUGGUAUUAUAAUAGAUUGGCAUUGUUGUGAUUUAUUUCCUGAAAGAUUAAUUGAUUUAGUAAUAGUGUUAAGAUGUAAUAAUAGUAAACUUUAUGAUAGAUUAACUAAAAGAAAAUAUAAAGAUAACAAGAUUCAAGAAAAUUUAGAUUGUGAAAUAAUGGAUGUUAUAAUAAAUGAAGCAAGAUCAAGUUAUAUCCAAGAUAUUGUAAUUGAAUUAAAAAGUGAUGAAGUUGAAGAAAUGGAAGAAAAUGUUGAUAGAAUAAAUUCAUGGGUUAAAAAUUGGUUAAAAGAUCAUCCAAAGGGUGUAAGUAAUGAAUUACCUGAAAUAAAUUCAAAUGGAGAUGUAAUAAAUCAUGAAGAUGAUGAUGUAGAUGAUGAAUAUGAUGAUGAUGAUGAAGUAGAUCAAGAUCAAAAUCAACCAUAUGGAGAAUUUAAUGAAGGAGAUGAUCCAAAUGAAGACUUUGUUAGUCAUAAUGAAUCAGAAUAUCCAGAUGAAAAUUAUGAUGAAAAAGAUAAUAUAGAAGAUUCAGCUGUUAAUGUAAAAAAAGAUCCAGCUGAAGUUGAAGAAGGGUUAAGCAAUGAACAAAAAUAUGAAUUAGAACAAGGUCAGCAAGAUGAAAAUGAAGAAUAUUUAGAUGAUGAAGAAGAGACAAAUAAUGCAAUGGAACAUGAUGAAGAUAUAGCACAAUAA